UAAGAUUUCGCAGUUAAACAUUUGGUUUAGCCUGUAUAUAUUUUUUUUAUUUAUUAUCUGUUCAAUUCAACUGUCAAAUUCCUAAUCCUUUUUGGUACAAACUGUCAAUCCGGAAACAUGGCACCCCGGUUUGAGAUCGCAGUUGGUCUGCGAAAAGGCCACAAAACAACUAAAAUAUCCGCUGGUAAAAAGGGGAUUACAGACAAAGCAAUCAAGAUCAGACCUGCUAGGCUAAAGGGUUUACAAACUAAGCACUCAAAAUUCGUACGUGACUUAGUCCGUGAAGUCGUUGGACAUGCUCCUUAUGAGAAGAGAGCUAUGGAGUUGCUUAAGGUGUCAAAAGACAAGCGUGCUCUGAAGUUCUUGAAGCGUCGUCUUGGCACGCACAUCCGUGCUAAGAGGAAGCGUGAAGAGAUGAGCAACGUGUUGGUACAGAUGAGGAAGGCUGCCGCACAAGCGCACCACGCCACUACACACGCCCAUUAAUCUGUAAUAAAUUACGUCUAAGAUACUAAA